GCUAUCUCCUUCUGCUUGAUUGAUUUGAAUUUUGUGGGUAGUGAGCAGAAGUAAUUGUUUUUCAAAACUUAAAAAGUUGAUUUUAACUUUUUGAUUCCAGGAAUCAUUCAGCUCCCGAGAAAUGAGAAAAAGUUCUUCAAAUAUGGCAAUAUAAUUCGGAACGUCCUUCCAGCUAACUACAAAUGGCCUAACAAAACAAUUUUUUAUCAAAUUAGUGGUGCUUUCGGUAAAAGGUUUCAAAUUUGAAGUUAAGUUGUAUUUACAUAGAGUUAUAUUAACACAGAGAAAAGUGAUCUCGAAAACAUCAAACAGGCCAUGAAAGUUAUUGCCUUAGUUUCGUGCAUCAAGUUUGUGGAGCGCGCAAAUCAAGUAGGCUACGUCGACAUCACGUCCGAAGAUAGCGGCUGUUGGGCCGAUUCUGGGUACCAGUCUACUAGAUCGCAACUAAAUCUCGGUCCCACGUGCGCCACCACCCUCGGUACGCCACUGCACGAGUUGAUGCACGUGCUAGGCUUUCUCCAUCAACACACCCGGCCGGAUCGGGAUUUGUACGUGGAAGUCCUCUACGAAAAUGUCAUCCAACGGCCGGAGUUGCUGUUCAAUUUUGAAAUUAUAGAACCGUGGACCGACACGGGAUUUCCGCUGCCUUACGAUUACGACUCGAUUAUGCACUACACACCACGCAUGUUUAGCCGGGAUCCCGAUCGUUUGGAGACUAUUCGAGCUAGAAACCCAAAGAUUACGAAUGUUGGACAACGUGAGCGGCUUAGCGAGUUGGAUGUCCAGCAUCAGCUCCAUCGUUUGACCCGCAUCGCCACUCAGCAGCAUUUGGGUGUUGGCAAAGAUUCUGAUAGCGAGCCUCAAACUGACGGAAAAGCUGCCAGUGGCAAUCCGGCAGCGAAGCGGUCCGAUGAGUGGCAGCCGAUCCCGGUCACGCCUCUGUCAUUCUUCCCGUGCGGUCCCGUCCGAGCCCACUUCUCGGAAUAUACGCGCAAAAACACACCGGACAUCACGAUACACGAUUAG